ACCAAGAAAAUAGAGAGCCGUUCCCUCUCUCUCUCUCUCUCUCUCUGUUCACUCUUCAUUUCUCUGCUUUCAGACUUUCAGUCUCUCUCUCUCUCUCUCUCUCUCUCUCUCUCUCUCGCUCGCUCGCUCUGUGAGUAUGUAAUCAUUGUAAAACCUCAGGAAAUCGGCUGCAGGGAUCUCCAAGAAUCCGAAACAUGGCUUUGUUUAAGCUCUUCUUCUUGUUCUUUAUCAACAUUGCUCUGCUCUCAAACCCCUGUUUCGCUGCAGACCCUAUUGUCAACUUCGAGUUAGAAUUCACGUACAUCACCAUUUCUCCUUUGGGUGUUCCCCAACAGGUUAUAGCAGUUAAUGGCAAGUUUCCAGGUCCUCCUCUGAAUGUUACUACUAAUAACAAUGUUGUUGUCAAUGUAUGGAAUAAAGUGGAUGAAGAUCUUCUUGUGACUUGGCCUGGGAUCCAAAUGCGGCAAAAUCCAUGGCAAGAUGGCGUUCUUGGCACAAAUUGCCCCAUCCCUUCAAAUUGGAACUGGACUUAUCAGUUUCAGGUGAAGGAUCAGAUUGGUAGCUUCUUUUAUUUCCCGUCUCUCAAUUUUCAGAGAGCGGCUGGUGGGUUUGGCCCGUUAAUCAUUACCCCUCGGGAUAGAAUUCCAAUUCCUUUUGGGAUGCCAGAUGGGGAUAUCACCAUUGUUAUUGGUGACUGGUAUACAAGAAACCAUACGGAGCUGAGGAAUGCUCUCGAUGCUGGGAAAGAACUUGGCAUGCCAGAUGGAGUUCUUAUUAAUGGAAAGGGACCUUAUAAAUACAACAACUCACUUGUACCAGAUGGCAUUGUUUAUGAAAGCAUUCAGGUUGACCCUGGCAAAACAUAUCGUAUUCGUGUGCACAAUGUUGGGGUAUCAACUAGCCUGAAUUUUAGAAUUCAGAACCAUAAUCUGCUUCUUGUAGAAACAGAGGGAUAUUACACUCUGCAGCAAAACUAUACUAGCUUAGAUAUUCAUGUUGGGCAGUCUUUUUCUUUUUUGGUUACCAUGGAUCAAAAUGCAAGUAGCGAUUACUACAUUGUAGCAAGUGCUAGGUUCGUGAAUCAAUCUCUUUGGCAGAAAGUUACGGGUGUUGCUAUCUUGCACUAUUCUAAUUCCAAAGGGCCUGCAACUGGUCCACUUCCUGACCCACCAAAUGACUUUUAUGACAAAACUUUUUCGAUGAAUCAGGCAAGAUCAAUCAGGCUAAAUGGGACAUCGAGUGGAGCUCGCCCAAACCCUCAGGGUUCUUUUCGUUAUGGUUCAAUCAAUGUAACUGAUGUAUAUGUGCUAAAUAGCGGGCCACCACUGAUCAUCAAUGGUGAACGACGAGCAGCCAUAAAUGGAAUUUCGUUUGUAAAACCUGAAACACCUUUCACCUUGGCUGACGAAUAUGGAGUGAAGGGAGCUUACAAGCUUGAUUUUCCUAUAAAGCCACUGACAGGACGGACUCGGAUGGACCGGUCUAUUAUAAAUGGUACAUUCAAGGGAUUUAUUGAAGUUGUACUGCAGAACAAUGACACUGUGAUGCAGAGCUAUCAUAUGAAUGGUUACUCUUUUUUUGUAGUUGGGAUGGAUUAUGGUGAGUGGACGGAAAACAGCAGAGGUUCAUACAAUAAAUGGGAUGCUAUUUCUCGCAGCACAACACAGGUUUUCCCUGGUGGGUGGACCGCAGUUUUUGUUUAUGUUGAUAAUGUUGGAAUAUGGAACAUUAGAUCAGAAAAUCUUGACAGAUGGUAUCUAGGCCAAGAAACUUACAUAAAACUUGUCAAUUUAGAGGAUAGCAGAAACAGAGCAGAGAUGGCCAAACCUGACAAUGCUCUGUACUGUGGCGCCCUUAAAAAUAUGCAGAAGGAGCAGCAUCAUUCCUCUGCUUCAAGAUCGUUCAUUGGAGUAUCAAGACUGAUUUUCUUCCUGCUGGUGGCCAUCUCUGCUGCCAUGUCCAUUUCCUGCUGAGAAUUUUUUUAGCUUGUCUGUAGAAAAGUUUGCAGCCUUGGUGGGGCUCUCUCUCUCUGUGGGUACAAUUUUAGUUAGUGAAAUUGAUUUGAUUCUUGUUAUUACAAAUUUCAUUAUGUUAAACUGUUAGUGACAUGAUACCAUUCUUUAAUGUCUUGGGAUGCUGGUCCCUUUUUCUUGUAUUUUAAGUCAUUGGGAGGCACCCCACCCUGUAUUUUUUUUGUGCACCUUAAAAGUUACAAUGUCAUGAUUAACCCAUUUUCAUAUUGCCAUUUGACUUCUUAUAUCAAA